AGUUUGGUUGUAAUUUUAGAAAAUACAUAAAAACAUACAAAGUAGCCAAAAUCAGAAGACACUCUCCACAACUCUUGGGAGAUCCAAAUCUAUUCCGCCUAAACUUUCAUAACACGUGUCAUCCCCACUUUAGCACCGUCCUUUCAGUUUCAGUUACACCAAACGUGGGGUCGGUUCUAAAUUGCGCCUGGAGUAUUUGGUCUUCCAUUCCUCUGGUUCAAAAAACUUUUCUUUAGGUGCUGAAAUAAAACUGAUUGAGAGAGAAACUGAAAUAGAAAACCACGCAGAGACAGAGUCAGAAGAGAACCCACACGAACAAAGAAAGAAAUAUUUUCGAAAAAGAAAAAAGUGAAAGAUAUAAACAGAGCAUGCUAGAGAGAGAGAGAGAGAGAGAGAGAGAGAGAGAGAGAGAGAGAGAGAGAGAGAGAGAGAGUAGGGUGAUUUGAUAUGAUAUGGGUGUGUAUUUUUUUUUAGUUGAAGGUUUUUGGAGUAUCGUGUCGGGGUGCAGCUGAUGGGAAAAUUAUUAUUUUAGGCAAAUUAACUAUUAUUUUAGACUAUUGUGUUUCCUUUCUGUGAGAAGGAGAGCGAGAGAGAAACCAGGGGCUAAGAAACUCUGGGUCUUUGCAUGUGUAUAUAAUUUACCCUUAUAUAUACACACACAUAUCAAGCAAUAGAAGACUCUGUUGAGAGAAAAAGCAAGAAAUUUUCAAGAACUGCUAUGGAUGUCAACAUGAGCUUUUCGCAUGAUAUGGAUGAUGAGUAUGAGAAACUAAUCCGGAGAAUGAACCCACCAAGGGUUGUGAUUGAUAAUGAUGCCUGCAAGAAUGCUACUGUUGUAAGGGUUGACAGUGCAAACAAACAUGGAAUACUUCUUGAAGUUGUGCAAGUUCUUACUGAUCUUAAUCUUAUUAUAACCAAAGCCUACAUAUCUUCUGAUGGUUGUUGGUUGAUGGAUGUUUUCAAGGUUACGGAUCAAGAUGGAAACAAGAUUACUGAUGAAGUUAUGCUCGACUACAUUCGAAAGGCUCUGGGGCCGGAAUCUUGCUUUAGUUAUUCCAUGAGAUCUGUUGGGGUUGCACCACCAGUGGACUACACUGCAAUUGAGUUAACAGGAAGUGACAGACCAGGACUACUCUCUGAAUUGAGUGCUGUCCUUACCCACCUUAAAUGCAAUGUGGUGAAUGUUGAAGUCUGGACACACAACACCCGGGCUGCAGCUGUGAUGCAAGUGACCGAUGAAGAGACCGGGACAGCUAUUACUGAUCCCGAGAGGCUAUCUACAAUUAAGAAACUUCUCUGCAAUGUACUCAAGGGAAGCAACAAAUCGCGGGGUGCUAAGACCGUGGUCUCUCAGGACGUCACCCACACCGAGAGGAGGCUUCAUCAGAUGAUGUUUGCAGACAGGGAUUAUGAACGAACCAACGAUGACGACGUCUUGGAAGAGAAGCCUAGACCAGAUGUCAAUGUUGUUAAUUUGUAUGACAAAGACUACUCUGUGAUAACUAUAAGGUCUAAAGAUAGGCCGAAGCUUCUAUUCGACACAGUUUGCACUUUGACAGAUAUGCAGUAUGUAGUUUUUCAUGCCAAUAUUGAUGCUGAGGGGCCUGAAGCUUAUCAGGAAUACUAUGUCAGGCAUGUAGAUGGAUCUCCUGUGAAAUCAGAUGCGGAGAGACAAAGGGUGAUCCAAUGUCUUGAAGCGGCCAUUGAGCGAAGAGUGUUUGAGGGUUUGAAGCUGGAAUUGUGCACUACUGACAGAAUCGGGUUACUAUCCGAUGUCACUCGCCUAUUUCGAGAGAACAGUCUCACUGUCACCAGAGCAGAAGUCACAACCAGAGCCGGCAAAGCUGUUAACACAUUUUACGUCCGCGGUGCAUCAGGGCAUCCUGUUGAUGCUAAGACCAUAGAUUCCAUCCGGCAAGUGAUCGGCCAGACAAUACUCAAAGUGAAGGGCGGCCCUGAAGAGUUGAAACCAGUUUCUCAGGAAUCUCCAACCAGUUUCCUUUUCCGUGGCCUCUUCAAGUCUAGAUCUUUUGUUAAUUUCGGCUUGGUUAGGUCCUAUUCUUGAGUAAAUCGCUUUGUAUAUAAUCACACCAUCAACCACAAAGUCUACAAUGAAUCUCAGCCUUGUUAGCUAACAUGGGACAUAGUUUCAAGAUCAGUCACUAGUGUAGGUACACAGCAAGUAGAUCGUUGUACUCUAUUUAUUAUUCCUAGAUAGAUCUAGUUUAGUUUCAGUGGAACGUUUUGAAGUUCCUGUAGAUUCACCCCCGAUCGGCCUUUUUUUUACUAAGCUUCAGUUUGUUAAUAUGGUUUCAACAUCAUGUUGAAGCCAUGAAAAGUAAAGGAAGAAAAGUUUAGCUA